AUGCCCAAUUACGUUAAGUUCUUGAAAGAUAUUUUGACGAAGAAAAGGAGGCUGGGUGAGUUCGAAACUGUUGCUCUCACAGAAGGUUGCAGUGCUAUGUUGAAAAGUAAAAUCCCUCCUAAAUUAAAAGAUCCAGGCAGUUUUACGAUCCCAUGUUCUAUUGGUGGAAGAGAUGUGGGAAGAGCGUUAUGCGAUUUGGGCGCUAGUAUUAAUCUAAUGCCUAUGUCUAUUUUAAAGAAGCCGGGUAUUGGUGAAGCUCGGCCAACCACAGUUACAUUGCAGUUAGCGGACAGAUCCAUGGCUCAUCCGGAAGGGAAGAUUAAGGACAUGUUAGUACAGGUUGACAAGUUUAUAUUCCCAGCCGACUUCAUUAUUCUUGAUUAUGAAGCGGAUCGAGAAGUACCCAUCAUCUUGGGGAGGCCGUUUCUUGCCACAGGACGGACGUUGAUUGAUGUGCAAAAUGGUGAACUCACCAUGAGGGUGAAUGAUCAACAAGUUACAUUUAGUGUGUUCAAAGCCAUGAAGUUUCCGGAUGAAAUUGAAGAAUGCUCUAGUUUAAGUGUAAUUGAGACACUUGUGGCUGAAACUUUCAACAAGGAAAUUUGCACAGCUGAUUUGGGGGUGAAGAUGAUGAAGAUUCUAGCAGUGAAGAGGAGUCUCAAGUUACUUGGGUAG